AUGUCUGCAGAGAGGAAAAACCGUUUUCCACGCUGUUCGGACAGAGAUCUGUAUAUGAAUUUAUCCAAAAUAAGGAAGACACACAGAGCUGACAAAAAUAGAGAAACGAUCAAACGGUGUGAGGAUGCACAACGCCAGCUCAGGGAGAGCGUCCUCGAGCGACGAGGCUUCUCAAACGCGGAGAAAAGGAGCGUUCAGCUCACCUGCAUUGAGGAUUUCCGCGCGUACUGGACCCAGGCCACCAACGCGCAAGGAGACUUCGAUGGCGAGCACGAAGCGGGUUGUGGCCUCUGUGCUAGGCGCUACCAGUCAUCAGCUGAGUUGGUUGUAGGGUUUAUGGAUGAUUUUAAUCCGAUUUUGAGCGCCGUCAAGGAUUUUGCUGCGCCGUAUGGUGGCCUUGCCAUUGGCAUUAUCUCUCUUGUAUUCGUCGUAGCCCGAAAUAAGAACACAGUGGAAGAUACGCUGGCGUCUACUAUCUCUGAGAUUCGAAACCGACUGCCGGGAAUCGACCUCUAUCAGCGCAUCUACGAUGAUGACCACCCGCUGGACCACUCUAUCCAGGCACAGAUCGUGGCAGCUUAUCAAAGCUUCAUCGAUUUUUGCAUUGCUGCCACCAAGUAUUAUAAAUCCAGUCCUGUUCACCGUUGGCUGAGGGCGUUGGGACUGUCACAAAGUCUCGCCAAUAGCGCGACGGACGUGCAAAAUUCCUUUGUAAAUAUCGAACGAACAAGCCAUGAAUUGCUUGCCAAGAGCGUCGAUGAAAUCAAAGGCGAAAAUAAAGAGCUCCGAGACCAACUCACCAAUUCGGACAAAGAUGCCUUUGAACAAACCUUCAGACUCGGCGUCUUCUCUGAGGAAUUGCAGGAGAACGAUCUUGCUACCUACAGGCAACGCUUGGCUACGGACCUGGAGCUCAAUUUCCAGGGCUUCCAACAGCUCCGAGGUCCCCACUUCGACGAGUUUACCAGCAGCGGCGUAUACCGACAGUGGGAUACGUCACUUCAGCCUCGUCUGCUGAUUCUGUCUGGUCGCAAUUUUCCCGGUCUCUCGUCGCCGCAGUCUUGGCUUUCCUGGGUAGCAACCUCCACAAUUGAGCGACAGCGAAGGUCUUCAGCAUAUUGCGCCUACUAUAUCGUCACAGAGCAAGGAGCAACAUUGUAUCAGGUGCUCCCAAGCAUCUUACUGCAGCUAAUAGCGAAGAAGAAGGACAUGCUACGGAUGGACGACCAACGAGAUGGGCUUCGGGCAGAGCUGCAUGAGUUCCAGCAGUCGGAGAAAACAGGCAUUCCAAACAAGUACGGAAACGAUGGCAGGACAGAUGUUCUUUUAAAAAUCGCAACACGUGUGGUGAGGUUCUUCAGCAGAAGUGAUGAGGUGUACAUCAUUGUCGAUCGCGCGGAUCUGUGCACGGACAUUGCUAACUAUGACCAUCGGGGUUCUUUGGUGCGUGCUCUGGUGCAGAUGGUAAGCUCGGCCCAUUGUCGAAUUAAGAUCCUCGUCGUGAUCAAGAGCUCUGUAUGGGAUGUCAGGGAACAUCAGGACGAACUACGCAUUUGUUCGCAUGAUCAGGUUGUAGUACAUACGAUGGACCAGAACAUGUUGUAUUGA